AUGGAGGCUUGGCUACCUUCAAACUGGACUGGGCGCUAUCUGAGUACAGGCAACGGUGGACUGAACGGUUGUAUCAAGUACCAGGACCUGGCGUAUACUUCUGGCGCAGGCUUCGCAGCUGCUGGAACGAACAACGGCCACAACGGAACUGCUGGACUGCCUUUCUACAGAAAUGCAGAUGUCGUUGAGGAUUUUGCGUAUCGCGCACUAUACGACGGUACCCUUAUCGGAAAGCAAAUUACCAAGGACUUUUACGGGAAAGCCCAUGACAAAUCGUACUACUUCGGCUGUUCGACUGGCGGCAGACAAGGUUUCAAAGCCGCACAAGACUUCUCCGAGGAAUUUGACGGGAUUGUUGCAGGCGCUCCUGCUAUUGCAUUCAACAACCUUACGUCCUGGAGCGGUUCAUUCUUUGUAGCAAUUGGAACCAACACCUCGGAUACUUUUGUCACCCGUCCUCAGUGGGCGACUAUCCACGCCGACAUACUCAAGCAGUGUGAUGAAUUGGAUGGAUAUAGUGACGGCAUUCUCGAGUACCCUCCGCUCUGCAACUAUGAUCCCUCUGGCCUGCUUUGCACCGGAAGCAACACCACCUCCAAUGGUUGCCUAACAGCUAAGCAAGUUCAAACCGUCAAGACUGUGCUAUCCCCAGUUUAUAACGACAACGGAGAUCUUGUUUACCCGCGUUUGCAACCUGGAGCCGAGAUAGCGGCUUCGGGCCUUUUGUUGAGUGGAGUACCUUUUCCGUACACUACAGAUUGGUUCCGCUAUGCCAUCUACAAUGACUCGACAUGGAACCCAUCAACACUGAACACAAGCGACUACGACAAUGCUGCGCGUAUCAAUCCGUCAAACAUCCAAACCUGGAAGGGCGAUCUGAGCGACGCUAAGAAAAACACCAAGAUACUGCAUUGGCACGGACAGAUGGAUGCCGUCAUCUCGAGUGCCAACUCACCCAGGUAUUACGACCAUGUCAGAGAGACGAUGGGACUCUCAUCUGAAGAGCUCGACUCUUUCUAUCGUUUCUUCACCGUCAGCGGCACAGGCCACUGUGGUGGAGGAGAUGGUGCACACGCUAUUGGACAGGCCAUCGACGAAGUCACCACCUACGAUCCCAAAGAGAAUAUUCUGAUGGCUAUUGUCGAUUGGGUCGAGAAGGACAACGCACCUGAGACACUCAUUGGCACCAAGUACGUUAACGAUACAGUGAGUCUCGGUGUGAAAUUUCAGCGCGCGCAUUGCAAAUACCCGAAGCGCAACCAGUACAGAGGGGAGGGCGAUCCGAACGUGAUUGGAAGUUGGGAGUGCGUUGAUGCAUAG